AUGUUGAAUCAUUAUAAAACCACCUUGAAAGACAGGGAAAUACAGAAAUCAACAACUCCAGAUUUUAUAAUUUAUCCAUGUUCAGGAGAAUCAGAAAAAUCUUUCAACCAACUUCAAAUCACUAAGGCGCUCCACAAGAUCAAACAAUCAAUUCAAACCAGAUCCACAACAAUAAUCCACGCAAGAAUUUCGAAUGAUGAGAUGUUUUUCACUGCUGAUGUUGGAGAUCCACAAAUAUCCACAAACUAUUACAAAGCAGUGAUAUUAGGAGGCAGCGCAUUCCUGGUUUAUGAGAAUAUUACAAAUUGUCGACCGGGUUCUCAUCGUUUUCUGACUUCGAUUAUUGAUGGCAAGGAUUUAUUGGAGGGGAAACGGGAUUUUUGA